AUGAUUGCUACAAAUCUGGCUUUUAUCGGGACGAAGCAUUUUGACUUUACUCGUAAAUAUGUUGAUCUCACUGUCUUCAUUAGUGCAAUAGUAGGGAUGUAUCGUCUGGUGUUUCUAUUAUAUUGUGCAAAUGCUGCUUCAGUAUCAAGAAAGCAAGAGUUACAACCAGAAGUUGGUAAAUUUACCAUACAGAUGAUUGGCUACUCACCUACGCAGCACGAUGAUUAUGUCGCAGUCGCACGGCCAGCACCCGAGGGCUAUAUAAUCGGCUUCGAGCCGCUUGCACAUGCCGAUCGAAUACAUCACAUAUUGCUCUAUGGAUGCGCCGAACCGGCACGUCCUAAUGCAUUUUGGAAAGGAGGCGAUACAUGCGGAGUCGGUGCAACGCAUAUCCUCUAUGCUUGGGCAAGAAAUGCACCGAGUCUUGUGCUACCAAAUAAUGUAGCAUUCAGUGUCGGGCAUGAAGAGGAUGGCAUCAAGCAUUUUGUGAUGCAGGUUCAUUAUGCUCAACCUUUUGGUGGAGAUGUAGUCGACUUUUCGGGAGUCACGCUGCAUAUGACUCAUAAAAAGCCGGCCAAUCUUGCUGCUGUUCUUCUUUUUGUCUCUGGCGAGCCUAUACCUCCAAUGAGAAGCCAAGUUCAGAUUAAUACAAGCUGUGAGUACGACAAGGAAAUCGACCUGCAUCCGUUUGCUUUCCGAACACAUACUCAUGCUAUGGGACGAGUGGUGUCAGCAUUUUACAAACAUGAUGGACAAUGGAACAAAAUUGGAGUUAGAAAUCCGCAAUGGCCUCAGUUGUUCGAGACUAUCACCCACAAUCCAGUGAUCAAGAAAGGAGAUCUGAUGGCAUCAACGUGCCGUUUCGAUUCACAUGACAAGAAAGUUGCAGUGUCUAUGGGGUCUAUGGGAGUCAAUGAGAUGUGCAACUUUUACAUGAUGUUCUACUACAAUGCCAGUGAAGAAAAUCCAUUCCCAUGGGGAGCUAUCUGCGCAGGCCGCGAUCGAAUUGAAGAAAUGCAAAACGGUUAUCCUAAAGAAGGCACACAAUUACUACCAUCACGACCGGAACUUGAGCAUCAUGCACAUCAAAGCUCGGUACCUUUCGGGGUAGUCGAAGAAGGAGCGUUUACAAGCAUCGGAGGUGUGAAACUAGGCCAGAUUGGUGGCUUAUCAUUCCAAGAUGAGAACACUCUAGUCAUCUUCCAUAGAGCGGACCGAGUGUGGGAUCAAAACUCAUUUGAUCAGUAUAAUGUGCUGAUGGGUGAAAAUAGACUGCCAAUCAAGGACGAUGUGAUUUUGAUUGUUAGCUUCAACGGUAAUGAAACUCGUCUACUAAAGAAGCUAGGAAGGAACAGAUUCUAUAUGCCACAUGGAAUCCAUGUAGACCGGGAUGGCUAUUUGUAUACUACAGACGUAGGAUCGCAUACUGUAGCGAAAUGGAGGAUCAAUGGAAACGACCUUGAUCUGGUUUGGGAGAGUGGACAUAAAAUGUUACCGGAUGCCGACGCAAACCAUUUCUGCAAGCCAGCUGGUGUUGUCAAAACCGACGAUGGUGUUUUCGUCGCUGACGGAUACUGCAACAGCCGCAUCGUACAACUAGACGCUGCUACUGCAAAAAGAAUGGGCCAGUUUGGUCUGCCUGGCAAUGGUCCAGCUCAAUUUGCUCUUCCGCAUGAUAUCGUUGCCUCAUCGGCUGGCGGCGGCCAUUUGUUUGUGGCUGACCGUGAGAACGGAAGAGUGCAAGAGUUGUCUAUAACGGGAGAUUUUAUAAUGCAAUGGGCUGCUAGCCUUUUCACAAACAUCUACUCUGUAGAUACAUACAAUGAUUACGUUUUCAUGGUCCCUGGACGAGCUGAUCGUGAAGUUGGCCCUGCUCGUGUAUUUGUCGGUCGGGCUGGCACUGGCCUCAUUGAGUACGGUUUCGGGCCUACCAGUCAUCCUUUUGGCCAAGCUCACGCACUUCGUGUAUCACCUAGUGGAGACCGUAUUGCAGUUGGAGACAUUUCUAAGCCCACAUUGUUUAUGUUCAGGAUGCAGCGCGAAGGAAGUCCCACGAUAUCUUCACAUAGUUCGUACGCUUUUUCGAGCGCAUUCCAUGCUGCAUCCAAGACAGCGAAGGGAGUGUCGUUUAUUUUGUUAGCAAUUGCAUUUGCAAUGCUUGCUGCUGGAUUCGUCGUCAUGCGCAGAAGGGCGGCUUCAAAACGAGGUGUCGAAAAGUUUGAUAAGAAGGGUUUCAAACCACUUAGUACGGAUGAAACGGUCGGAUUAGUAAGCGACUCUGACAUUCCGUUUGUAGAGUUGUUGGUGAUCACAAAAGGACACGAUCCGAACUUAUCCUCGAUUCGAGAUUGCUUUCUGGUUUAUUUGAAAGUGCUCCAAAACUCCUUUCUAUUUGUCAGCUUAGAAGCAGAAGAAGAGUUCAUGCAAAUCGAUUUUUUGAACAUCGCAGGAACAUACUGGCGCAAAACAGAAUCCGCGGUUGAUGGAGAAUACAACGAAAUGUAUGUCAUGCCCACGAAUAAAGAAACUGAAAAAUUGACCUGUCACGAUGGUUCACAUAAUGGAGAUAGAAAUAUGGUUGGAAUGUUGCAUUGUGAGCUCGAAAGCGGCCUAAUCGUUUUUGUAUUUUCCAGAAUCUUGGCAGAGGCCUGUGUAGAGAAACGUUCGAGUUUUGCACGUUCUGAACGAAAUGACAACAAACAAACCUGA